GCGAUGUGAUAUAUCCUCCUGACCAGCAACGCACCACCUCCAGCCUUGGACUAGAUACCCUUCCUCACUCUACACGGACCAGACCACCCCCAUAUCAGCUGAGGCGGCACCUGCGCUAACUACUGAGCUCCACUUGGCUUGAAUGGGCUUGAACGGGCAGCAAGCCAUCGGGGAGUUAUAUCCUGUGCACUUCUGCCUACUUCACAUAUCUGCCUGAACCAUAUUCAUUCAUCUUGACUCUGCCGAUCCUUCAAGAUAGGUUUCGACACCAUGCGCUCCUUUGAGCGCUUUGUCGAGCACUCCAUCCGUCGAAGCGCGGCUGACGACUCAGACACGCUCAAGCGACAAGACUCCUGUGUGUUCGAGAGCGAAGUGAAACAACAGCAGCAGCAAGCUCAGCAAGACUCCUCACAUGCCAAAAGGACAAUGGUUCGAUCACACAAACCGUCUUCUCUCGCACCGGCAGUACCUGCAUUUCAAGCUGCAUUAUCAAAAUGGUCGCCUCCAGCUUCGCCAGGAACAACAUCACCAGCAUCGUUGCAGACAUCAUCAAGACGCACUACUACAUCACCAGCCAGGACGCCAAGCCAGAUUGCCAAUUCUCUCUUCGUCGCAGCAUGUGCUGGUGACUUGCAAGCGAUGCGAUCCGCAAUUAGCCAAGGCGCAUCGGUCAACUCUUCCGUGCUGGUUCCGGGCGUUUUUGAGGCCUUCAAGCCUGCCAAGAGUGGUCACCUUUCACCUCUUGCCGGAGCCGCCUCGAAUGGUCAGCUGGCUGCGGUGAAGUUCCUCAUUGCGAGCGGCGCCGAAAUCUCGCCAUGCACUACGAAAUCCGCCAGCAGCCCUCUCCACCAAGCGUGCCGAAGCAACAGCUUCGACAUUGUGAGCCUGCUUCUCGAACACGGAGCGGACGUGGACAUCGACAAUGCCUACAAGGUUACACCGACUAUGUACGCCUGCAAAUAUUCGAGCAAAGAGAUCAUCUCACUAUUACUACAACACCGGCCGAACCUCAGCAAAGUCUCGCACAUAGGCUCCACAGCACUGAGCUGGGCAGUAUUCUCAGGGCGGUCUGACGUUGCUGAGCUGCUCCUGCGCGCCAAGGCAGACCCCAAUCAGACGAUGCCCGACGGAAGCACAGCGCUGCACUGUGCCAUACUCACAGGAUCAGCGAGCAUGGUCAAAGUCCUCCUGCGACAUGGCGCUGACCCGUUCGUACGGAAUGAAGCGUACGAAACGCCUCUGCAAGUGGCACAGGCAAAUGCUGGGAAUGAACAAAUAAUCGCGAUGCUCAAAACCGUCAUCGCGAUGUGGCAACAGCGGCGAUGAGGCAGACCUCGACUUGUCGUUUUCGUGAUUCAAUACUGUAUCUUUAGCGCGGCGUUUUCUGGGUUGGCUGGCAGUCUACGGAACACGGCAUCAUCUCGACCAGGAAGUGGGAGAAAGUGAGAUCUAUUGUACGAUAUAGGAGAAGCCGAGAGACAUCUUCGGGUGACAAUUGAAGGACCGGGAUGUAUGGAAUAGCGCAAUGAACGAAUUCAUAGCUUUACGAACACGCCUAUCACGGCCAUCAAAAAG